ACGUGAUCAUCUGACUUCCUUGCUCCUAGUUUCGUUUCUGACAGUUGAGCAAAGGACGCAAAAGCUUCAAGUAGCGCAUCUCCUUCUCUUCUACUCCGUAAAAUACAGCGAGGAGUUACUGUAAACGCAGUAGACUUUAGCACAAAAAGCAAGGGCAGAAAUGAGGCACGGAUCCGCGCGCGUGCUUGCGGCUGUCUUCCUGCUGGCGACAGCCCUCACUUUAGCUCAGGAAAAUGACGGACACCUUAAGCCGCCUGCCAGCAUGCUACCUCCUGCCCCGUUUGUCACCACAUCUGCUCCAACCACCAGCACUCCAAAUAUGACAACUCCCCAUACCAACAUAACUACUGCUCCUCCAACUCCCCACAAUACUACAACCGCCAACGUAACUACUGCUCCUCCAACUCCCCACAAUACUACAACCGCCAAAGUAACCACUGCUCCUCCAACUCCCCACAAUACUACAACCGCCAAAGUAACCACUGCUCCUCCAACUCCCCACAAUACUACAACAGCCAAUGUAACCACUGCUCCUCCAACUCCCCACAAUACUACAACAGCCAACGUAACCACUGCUCCUCCAACUCCCCACAAUACUACAACUGCAAACACAACCACCCCUAGUACUACUAUAAAACCAACCCCAAAACCUGAACCAACGCCAGCAACCAACAUCACAGUGGGCAACUACACUGUGAAAGACAAAGACAAACUGUGCAUUAUGGUUCAGGCUGCAAUCCAGGUCCACGUCAACAACAGUAAGAUGGCAGGCACCUAUAUUGUUCCAGAAAGUGCUAAAGGUGAUGGCAAAUGUGAAAGCAAUAAAGCCAGUCUCGUGAUAACUUUCAAAGAGGGUUUCAUCUCUAUGAACUUCUUCAAGAAUGACACCACAAAUAUGGUCUUUGUCAGUGCUGUGGCUGUCAAACUGACCUAUGCCUUCAAGUCUGGAGUUUUGUCAAUUUUGGAGAGGACGAAUCAAUCGGUGCAACUGUUCAGCAUGGCAACAAGUCACUCUUAUUCCUGCAAAUCAGAGUCAGUCUUCAUGGGUGAUGGCGCCUACCUGGAGUUCAGUAAGGAGAGGAUGCAAGCCUUCAACUUUACCAGCAACCAGUUUGGUCCCCUUGACAUGUGCAAGGCCAACCAGCCAGACUACCGAGUGGCCAUUGGCGUGGGUGUGGUGCUGCUCAUCCUCAUCAUCAUCGUAGUCGUGGCUUAUCUCAUCAGUAGGAGAAGGAGAACAGAUGGUUACCAGACUCUCUGAUGGAGAGAAUCUGUCAGAGCAAUUCAUAAAAGGACAGCAUCAUCACCAUCACCAUCAUCUGCGCAAGUUAAAUCAAGCAUGAUACGCUUACAUGAGUUUAUGAAGCAGACCUUGCUUUUGGAUUUGUUCUGGUGAGGUUUGCUCCAUAAAAAAACUGACAUUUAAUCCAGGCAUCAGCAACUGCUCCUUUUAUAGGGUGCACAAUACAACAACUAAAGGUGUGAAAUCAAAAGAGAUCACAAAUGCAUAUUGUAAUGCUAGUUUAAAAAAUACAUCAAAUCUUAGUUUCAUUUUCCACGUUGUUGUGUGUUCAAACUGUUGUCCUGUGCUUGCUUCGCUGUGCUCAAGUGUCUUAAAUCAUAUCUAGCUAUGUCCAGCUGUUUGGUCAAGAUGACACCCUAUUUACACCACGGUGCCUCUACUAAAAUAUCUUAGACUUUAAUCCAGUCGUUAUGAUUUCCACAAUGACAGCUGGAUCUCAUAAACAUUAUAAUCAGCAAGUGUGUAGUGCAGAUCUCAAAAAACAGCUAUUCAUUCUGCCUAUGGGGUAAUAUAACUGAUUUUUAUGUAAAACCCUUCCCCUUGCCCAAAUUAGGUUCAUCCUAGUUCAAUGGCUCACCCUGUGAGAAUAUCAGAAGCAAAUUACUUAAAAUAAUCUCAUUAACCAGAAGAAUUUUCAGUUAGUAUUCUAAUUUCUGUAGAAACAUUAUACUUUGUAGAUUAUACUUUGUGCCAUUUUAAAGUGACCUAUCCUCAGGAAUAUAGAGUCUCUAAAUCCUAUGCACUGAUAUUACAAGCAUUAAGGUUAUAAGGGAAGGUUUUGAUAUCUGCAUGUACAUUGCAAAUGAGGUUUCCUGUCUUGAUCAAAAGGAUUUUAGGGAUUUCUGCUAUAAUAAAAAAAGCAUUAGGUUGGACGGAGGGGUCUUGAAAAAAAAUUGGAGCAAAACUGACAGCACCUUAUUUUUAAAUAUUAAACCGGAUGAUGAUCUCUAGUUCUUUUUAUUAUAUGCAAAUUUAGCUUGAAGAUGUUGCGCUUGUACUUUGUGUAUGUAAAGCUGUCUGGUUGAAAUUUUUCCAACAGUUGGUGAUGUAUCUCUGAAAAGAUACUUUGAGAAAAAAUAAAGGGAAUAUGUUGA